CCGUGUUCCAGCCGGACACAUUUACUGAACGGAACAAACUCAAGCGUUUCAAACAUUAGAAAUAGCAUUAAUUUUUCUUAGUUCUUCGUUUUAUGUGACUAACGUUACUCAAAUGGCUGAUGAUGAAGAUGACUACAUGUCAGAUGCGUUUCUCAACCAAAUCCCAGAUGUUCGACCUGGUGUUCCGAUGGUGAAAAGUGCUAAGGAAGCCAUGAGAAAGGAAUCCCUGCAAAAAGAGAAGAAUAUUAAAAACCGUCAGAAGAGCUACAAGGAGCAGGAGCAGGAGAGUCGAGAAGCAGCGCUGCAGAACUCCAUCGGCACUAACAAUAAAGGCUUUACAUUACUGCAGAAGAUGGGCUAUAAAGCAGGACAAGGACUCGGCAAAGAAGGUGCUGGACGAGUAGAGCCGGUUCCUCUGAACAUUAAAACAGACAGAGGUGGGAUUGGAAUGGAAGAACAGAAGAAAAGGAAAGCUCAAGAGGAACUGCAGAACUACAGAAAGAAGGUGCAAAUGAAACAGCAGGUGGAGAAGAAAUCUAUGGAGGAUUUCAGAGUGCGAAAAAGAACAGAAAGAGAGGAACGUCAAACGCUGAUAGACCUGAACAAGAGUCAACGGGCCUGUGAACAGCUCGACACUCAGAAGGGUGUAACUGUUCCCAGGGACAGCUGGUACUGGCCUGAAGUCCUGAAAGAUGAAGAGGCGGAGCUCGAGGAGGAAGACACAUCCGACAGCAGUGAGGAUGAGGACGAACUGACUCCUUCAGACAAGCUGCAGUUUCUCACGUCAUACUUGCGAGGAGUUCAUUCUUACUGCAUAUGGUGUGGGACAGCAUACAAUGGUCAGUAAGGGUAAUGUUAAGAGGAUGAAGGUGACCUGAAGUCAAACUGUCCCGGUGACACGGCUGCUGAUCACGAUGACUAACCAAGAUCCAUCUGGACUUUACUUUUAAACUCUCUCUCGGUUUAAUAUUCAUGUUUUAUUUAAAUGUCAAGUGUUGUAUUGAAAUAAGUAAAGAUAUUUUGAGAUGUAUUUAAGUGUUUGUGAUGGUGUCAUUCAGUGAUUGGAUCAACAGAGACUCGGGCAGGUUUCAAAAUUCAAAUUUAGCACGCGUGUGUUUUUAAAUGUGAAGCUUGUACAGUUUAUUUGGAAGUCAGGCCAUGGAAAACUAAAAUAUCAGGUCAUAUGUGACCCUGGAUCACAAAACCAGUCUUAAGUAGCACGGGAACAUUUUUAGUAAAAGACAAAAAUACAUUGUGUGGGUCAAAAUUAUCGAUUUUUCUUUUAUGCCAAAAAUCAUUAGGAUAUUAAGAUCAUGUUCCAUGAAGAUAUUUUGUAAAUGUCGUACCUUAAAUAUAUAAAAACUUUAUUUUUGUGAGUGGAUGGUCUGCCACAGUGCCCCUGAUUAACAACUUCAAAGGCAAUUCUCUCAAUAUUUUGAUUUUUUUGCGCUCUCAGAUUCCUGAGUUUUAAACGGUUGUAUCUCAGCCAGAUAUUGUCCUAUUCUAACAACUCAUAUAUCUAUAGGAAGUUUAUUUAUUCAGCUUUCAGAUUAUGUAAAAACCUCAAUUUCGAAAAAUUGACCCAUAAGACUGGUUUUGUUGUCUGGGGUCACAUAUGGUGAUUUGCACGUUUGAAAAAGCUCAAUCUUCAAAAGUCACAAAAAACAGAAUUUAAAAACUUUUGUUUGCGGUUAUGCUCACUCAGCUCCAAAUGGUUAGAAAUGAAUGACUGUUUAUUCAAUAACUUACUGUCUGAUAAGUUAACGUUAACCCAGUGCAUUAUGAGAGAGGUUUUUUUAUGGACAUUAGUAAUAAUAUCAAAACAUAGACAUAAACAAACACUAGGGGGAGUAUACAAUAGGAUAUUAAAGAAAUGACACGUUUUUUAAGUGUUCAUGCCUUUUGUUUCAAAGAAAAUCUAAUGGAAUCAAUGUAAAGUUCCAUUUAUUUUUAAAGGAAAUAAAACAGUGUUUUCUUCCAGAAAAUGUACCUCUUUAU